AUGGGUUGUGCAAGAACGGCCAGCUCGCGGUCGCGGGUCUUCGCAUCAGUCCUUCCGUGUUUCGCGGCGGUCGUCGUCGCUUUCCUGCCGCAUGUCGUCACCCAGCCUCUCGCCGACUCCCAAGCGCGCAGCGGCGGCGCUGAAGGAGUGCGCGGCGGAGUGGGGAGUGAGCGCGGCGGAGUGGGCGCAAGGCACGAAGUGCGCGCCGGCGACGACAAUCAAGUGCGACAAAAACGGCAUGGUCACGUCGCUGAGUCUGAUUCUAAAGAACCUCACCGGCUCCAUCCCCGCCGCCCUCUCAGCGCUCUCCCACCUGCACACGCUCCACCCUCGGGCAUUCCACCACCACCACCACAGCACUCCCCUCUGUCUCCCCACUCGCCUUCCGUCCUCCCUCUCGCAUUCACCAUCACCACAACAUCCCCCAUAUUAGCUCGUGCCGCCCCGUUCGUGGCCGAGCGCAUCAAGGAGACGGGCCUCUCUGGCUCGCUGCCCAAUGUCAUCAGCGGCCUCUCUUCCAUUCAAUCGCUCGACUUGAUAGGCAACAACAUCUCAGGAAGCAUCCCUGCCACCAUUUCUGCACUCUCCAGCCUUGAGUACCUGGCGUUGAGUCACAACCCCCUCCUCUCAGGCUCCCUGCCCCGCGCCCUCUCUCGCCUCACCACCCUCGACCAUCUCAUGCUGGGCGACACGGCCAUCUCAGGCGACCUGCCUGGCUUCCUCACCGCUCUAACGCGACUCGCCACCCUGUGCGCCCCUCACCACCCUCCGCGCCCCUCUCUUUGUCCCUCCCUGCACCUCUCUCCGCCCCUCUGCACCCGUUGUGCCGUUUCUACAUCUCUAACCACACCUUUGCUUAAACGCACACCCGCCUGCCCGCACAUCCCCCUGGCGGACAUCCUCAGAGCCACAAAUGGGUGGGCGGAGGAACGGAGGAUGGGGGGAGGCAGGUGGAGUGACGUGUACCGGGGGGAAUGGGUGGAGGAGGUGGAAGCGGGGGAUGGGGAGAAGCAUGGGGGGGAGGAUGGGGGGAAGGAUGGGGGGAAGGAUGGGGGGGAAACAGGAAAGAAGAAGCAGCAAGGGGGAGAGGUGCAGGGGGGGUCCCAAGGGAAGCGGGAGGGAAGCGGCAAGGGGGGAGGUUCACAGGGCAAGCGGGAGGGGAGCAGCAAGGGGGAAGUUGCAGAGGGGAAGCAGGUGUCAGGAUCAGGGAGGAAGAAGCUUUCCUGGAGGCGGGGGGACAAGUGGGCAGUGAAGCGCAUGAGGGGGGGGGCGCAUGGGGCGGAGAGGGCGGAGCUUGAGGCUCAUGUGGCGGGCUUGGCGUGCCUUGUGCACCCCAAUGUGCUGGGGCUUGUGGCGUGGUGCUGCUUCCCUGCAGAGGGAGGGGAGGGGGAUGGGGAGGAGGCGGUGGGGGAGGAAGGGGAAAAUGAGGUGGUGUUGGUGUAUAAGUGGAUGGAGCGGGGCAGCUUGCAGGCAGCACUGCAGCCAGGCGCCACCCCUUUGUCGUUACAGCAGCGGGUGGACAUAGCAGUGGGGGUGCUACUGGCGCUCAAGGCAGUGCAGAGCCACGGGCAGGUGCAUGGCGACCUCAAGCCCUCCAACGUGCUGCUUAGCCCUUCCAUUGAGGUGCGUGCUUCCUUUGAGGUGCGUGCUUCCUUUGAGGCGCGAGUGGUUGACUGGAGUGUGGUGUGCAUGGGGCAGCGCGUGCAUGUGGACAUGGGCGACAAUGUCUUGGAAGGGCACCGGAAAGGCUUUGGCAACAAAGGCUUGGCAAGGAAAUUUUCCUUGCCAAGUGGAGACAAAGGCACCAGCAGCAGCAGUGGCAAGAUUGGUGGCAACAGUGGGUAUUCCUGGGGGUCCGGUAGGAGCGGCAACAGCAUCAGCAGCACUGGCGGAGGGGAGCAGAAGGUGUAUUUGUUGCGGUGCACGGAGGGGCAUGUGGACCCAGAUGUGGUGCGCACCGGCUUUGCCACUCCCACCAGUGACAUGUACAGUGUGGGAGUGCUCCUGCUACAGCUGCUCACAGGGUGGGAAGGUCCCUUCAGGGAUGUGGAUGGGCAGCGCAUCCACAUCUACCACUGGGCCCGGCAGCACGCAGAAUCCGACGACAUCUCUCCUCUCCUCGACCCGCUGCUGCCACACCCCCCGCCCCCUCCCGCCACCCUCCUCCCCCUCUUCCGCCUCGCCCUCGCCUGCUCCUCCCCCUCGCAGUCCGCCCGCCCCACCCCCGUAUCUGCCCUGGAUGUUGUUCGGCUCGUUCGCACCUCCCUGCUGGAGGGGUCCCGAUCUGGAAGGGGAAUUGGGGGUGAAACAGGGGAAAAGGGAAAGGGGCAGGGGGGAGAAAAAGGGGAAAACGGAGAGGGGGAAGGGGGAGGAAGGAGAGAUGAUGAAGGGAAGAAUGAAGGGGGGGGGAGGGGGAAGAGUGGGGGGGAAUGGAGUGGGGUGUCCAUUGGGGAAAGUUCCGAGGGAGCGGCGGAACAGAGUGUUGACAAUGCAAGGCUGCCAUUAGUGGGUGCAGCAGAGGAUAGUAGUAGGGAGUCUAUGGUGUAG